AACAAAAACCCCUUGUGGGAGAAUAAGAAUACACCUGUUAAAGGGAAACGUCUAUAACUACUCUUUAGAUUAUGUCACUAACAUACUUUUAAAAUCUAAACUUUCAUUGUAUCUUGCCAUUAUUCAUUGAUUUGUACAUCCGUCACGGUAAACGGUUGCUUAUGACGUCCUCACACAGCGUCCAUAGUAGCAUUGGAAACCAGUCUUACUUUGGUGAGAUCAGCAUCAGUUUUCGGGGGCGGAAAAAGAAUAAGGGAAUGUGGCUUUUGGGCUUGCUCAGAAAUGUUAUAGCCCUUAUUGUAAUACGCCCACUGGGGACUGAGGUCUGCGACUUUGUAUUAUCACAGCUUCCAAUGGUAUAUCGGUAUCUGUGUGGGACCGAUACGAAUGCGUGUGUCGAACAAAAAAGAGUAGCAUGUGGUAAACCCUGUGAGGGAGUUUCAGCUGCACCAAAUGCAUCUUCUUACUAUACUCAAGUCGGACAAGUUAGUUACUCAUCAACGACUUUCAAUUGAAUAUGAGGAGUCACCACUCGUGACAUAACAGCCCAAAACUUAUGAACUAGUUCGUAGCUGUUAUCAAGAAACUCUUUAAAGAAAACUUUUCUUAAUAAAACAGGUUUAAACGAAGGAAAUGAAAUGUCGUCGACCGACACCACAUUCAGUCUAGCUCUCCGCUCACUUAACUGAUCAUCAUCGACGAGUCAUACACUGUAACCUGUCUGUCUCGAAAGUUAAACGCAGAGGUAGAUCCGCAGAUCAAUAAUGAUCGCUCUUGUGUGAUUUGCUCAAAAUAACGAAAUAAAGGAUUCAUUGAAUAAGAGACUCAAUUCGCACUGUCAUCAUUCACACCAAGUAUUUGACUGACUGCAAUAAACACACUUAUAGCGAAGCUGUCCUAGAUUAGACCUCCCGAACCAAGCAAGUAGUACUGGUGUUCAUCUUUGUUGUGGGUAUUCGAUCCAAGAUUUCUUCUAUCCUACCAAUUGCUGUCGCAAUGAAUUUCUCUUUUUCUUUCUCAUUCCCGUUCCCUUUCGUUUUCCCCUUCUCUUUCUCUUUCU